CUCGGUUUAGCUCGUAGGUAGAUUCUACUAGAUCUAGAAUAGAUCUAGAUUCUAGUCAGAAAGAAGAGCCACAAGUAGGAAAUCUAGUCAAGUAGAGUGUCUAACUCAAGUGAUGUGUUAUGGUUGUGUUUAUAAUAAAAUACGCUCAAACGGAGGUGAAUGUGAAGCAGCGAAAAAAAUACGCUAAAAUGGAGUUUUACCUUAAGAUGGAGGAAACUGCAGCAGAUUUAGCAUACAAAGAGUGUCUUGUAAGGAACAUCAGAGAACUGUUUAUAUCAUCAAUUGUCCCAGAAAAUUUUCUUUAUAGAGUUCACAAGCACGACAAGAACGUAUUAACAUCUGAUGAUAUUGCUCGGUUCCUCAAGAAAUGUACCAGUGGUCUUUAUGAGAAAGACAUAAAUAUGGAGCUACUAGAUCGAUUGUCAAAGUAUGAUAAUUGGUUUGAAUGCAUACUGAAGAUGCUUCAAGAUCCAGAAUUAAAGCAAGCACAUCUUGUCAAAGGCUUUGAAGAACUAAAAAGAAAAACAGAUUUAGAAAUGGGGAUACAAGUUGCUCGACCAGAGCAAGAAGUCAAUACAAAUGACAUAUUAAACAGACCAGUUAGAAGAAGUGAUUUUGAAUUGGAUGUGCAGUCAGAUUCAGUUUCUAAAAGUAAAGUUACUUGUGCGAUUCCCGAAAUGCUAACACAGGAUGAUGGUACUGGAAUGGUUAAUGGUGUCCAUAUGUGCAUGGUGUGUAAUAUAGCCUUGACAUCUGCCCAACAUAAAGAGCAACACAUUUUAGGAAAGCAGCACUUAAAGAAAAUAAUGGAACGUGCUCAGUCCACACCCAGUGUCACUCCACAGAAAGAAUCACCUCAAGUGAAAAGCAUGGAUAGAGCUGACAACAGUAUUGACAGCACAAAAUAUUGCUAUGUGUGCCAGUUGUCUCUUUCCUCAGUUGCUGUUUCAAAACAGCAUUAUGAAGGAAGGAGCCAUAAAAAAAGGGUAGAGGCUCAACAGUUGGAAAAUGGCAAUACUUCUAACUCUUUGGAAAACAGUCAGGAGCAAACUGAUUCUACUGAGGUUGAUAACAGCAAUAGUUGUAGUCUGCUUACUGAUUCCAUUUCCAGUAUGAGUAUAUCUGAUGCGCCUGCACAGGGUGAUGGAUGUGGAACUGUUAAUGGUAAAAGCUGGUGUCUGGUUUGUAAUAUUGAACUGACUUCAGAACAACACAAGACCCAGCAUGUUGAAGGCAAGGCUCACAAGAAAAAACUUAAAGAUUCUGCCCAACUAGAAGCCACUGACGCUACUGCAGCUCAUGAUGAGAGUAUCACCUACUGUUCUGUUUGUAAGAUUUCUCUAACUUCUAGAGAGAAUGCUACGGAACACUAUAAAGGAAAGAACCAUAAGAAAAAGCUUGAAGCUGUCAAGGUCAAUGCUAAAUAGUGCAACUUUUUGUAUGUUGUUUAUACAGACAUCUAAAUAUACAUAUUAUUGACCAUGGUAUCUUGUGAUAAUUAAAACUAGUAGGGCCAAAUGACAAUUUGAUAUUAGCCUAUAAAGAUAGCCAUAUAUUAAUGAAACAAAAUAUUUUAAAAUCUCACAAGUCAAGUUUAGAAAUAAAAUAUAAAGAAUAGAAAAUAAUGAAUAAAUAUCAUAGAUUUUCUAUAAAAUUUAAAUGAAUUCUGGUUCAGUUUUUAUUGCAGCAUUGACUUGUAAUUUUAAAAAAUUGUAAUUUUUUAUACAUGAGGACACUAUCAUCUGAUAUAUUAGUAAGCUAGGUUUUUUUUCUUUUUGUUGAACUUUUUUCUGGGAAACCAGAAACACUUAUAUAACCGGCCAAAGUUUUAUGAUGAAAACUUGAUUUCUCCAGAUUGUAUUUAUUUAUGUAAAUUGUAAUUUUACAUUUUUUUUUAUUUUAAACUCACUUAUAGGCUUUACGUUCAGUAUUUUGAAGUAACGUUCAGUAUUUUGAAGUAACGCUUGACCUUCUUAUUCGCUGUCUUUGUCAUUGGUUUGAUUUAACUUAAAUUUGUUGCAGGUUAACCAGAUAACAUAUUUUAAAAAUUGUAUAGGCUCUUAAAAAUUUAGUUCAAGUAAAUGGGUGGUCCAAUUCACCGGAAUCUACUGUAAAUAUAAAGGUACCGGGUAUUUAUUUAUGUAAAGUGUGAUUUUACAUUAUUUUUUAUUUUAAAUGAUUUACAAAUUCUUGUUACAUUUGCUAACAUCUUUUCUAAUUUGAGACUGUUACAACUUUUUAGAUUGAUUUAACCUGAAUAUAAUGUUAAAAAUAAAUUGCAAUUAUGAAGUUUUAAAAUGUAAUUUACCAUUAUGGAAUGUAUAACAUUUUUUAACGUUGUGCAAAUGUAAAAACAAAUACAAUGAUAUCAUUAACACCUUUUUAUUUAGAAUUCCUUUUUAAACCUUAGCCUCUUGAUCACAUAUCUUAACAUACAUAAAAUUGCUUCUUUCAAAUAUAACAUGUUCAGUGAAAUCCAAUUCAACUAAAGUUUUUGAACAUUGUUUUAUUUAAACUGGUAAAUAUUUUAACUAUCAACUUGGUAAAAUACUUUUAUUUUAGAAGAAUCAAUUACACACAUUCAAUACACAAUGUCUUUCUAAGAUUUUAGUAAGUAAAGUUCCUUUUUCAAACCUGACAGUUGAUAGGGCAAGUGAAGUAGAAUUCACUUGUUUCUGUGACCUCGGCGUAUGAAGAGAUAGUGUGGUCAGCACUAUGACCAGCCGCCUUUACUUUCCCUAACAUGAGUUAGGUACCCAUCAGAGUUGGGUGGACUCAGGGACGGUCUACUGACUUGAAUCUGGAUUUGAACUCGAGACAUACUGGUUAGCAGUCCAGCUCUCUACCGCUAGAUCACUCCGUCCCUUUCUAAGAUUGGUAUGCUUAAAACAUGCUUUACUUUAAUGCAUUGGUUUCUUUAUAACUGUUUUACACAGGAUGUACCAUGACAUAAUAUGUGAAAUGUUGUAAUUAGAAUGUUUUGUAUUAUUUAUUGUUAUGUUUAGUCAUCACUACCUGAUCAGUCAAAGGAUAGGACCUUUAGAUACCAUUCUAUGAUAAAUCUCACUGUGGACUAUAAGGUGGCAAUUAGGUGUUUAGAACCACCCUCUCUCCUCCAUAGAGCCUCAAAAUGAACGCUGUUUCAUGUUAAGUUAGAGUUAGAGCUAUUGGUAAUAAUGCCAAUUCUAUGCCUAGCUGCCUUUACUUUCCCUAACAGGUGAACUCUACUUGCCCCAUGGUCUGUAAGGUUCUAAAAAGUGAACUUUAUCAUUAGUUGAUAGACUUUGCUGAAAUAAAUAUAAAAUACCUUUGUGACUUAAUUAUGUACUCUAAAUAAACCCGUGAUUAAAAUUUGUCAAUGACUUAAAACAUUAAAGCGCCUAUGCAUUUU